GCUCCCCGGGAACAAGAUGGCGGCGGUGCGCUGCUGCGCGUGUUUAACUUCCUGCGCGUUUCUCAUCUUUAUCCGCCGUGCGAGCCUUUAAGCUUUUCCUCUGGUGGCUUUAGAAAAAAAUCUCAACACGAUGUUCAAGAAGGCGAAAAGGGCGAACUUCCGGCGGCAGCGGAACGAGUCUGACGAGGAGGAUCCGGAGCCAGGAGCGGGGCCCGUGCAGAUCCCGUUCAUGGAGACCUGCGGGCCCGGGCCGGGGGACCGGGACCCGGGGGGCCCCCUGGCCGGCCCCGGGGGCCUCAGUAACGGCUCUCCCGCCGGCCCGGCCCCCGCCAGGCCCCGCAGGGACCGGGACAGGAGGACCAGGGAGCCGGCGGGGGCUCCGGCCCCGGCUAAUCUUCUCAGCUUCGACCCGGAGGAAGAGGAGGUGGAGGUGUUCCGGGUGAAGAAGCCCAACCACAGCAAGAAGAUCGUCAAGCAGCUGAAGAAGGAGUACAAGGAGGAUCUGGAGAGGUCUGGGACGGUCCGGCCCGAUGCCAGAUCAGAAGCCGCCCCCCAGCCUGCGGUUGCUGUGAAACAGGAAGGCGGCAGCAAAGACAGCAGCGACCAUGGAGAGGAGGAGAUGGAGGUGGACAGUAACGACGACCCGGAGGAGGAAAAGCCCAGUCAUGGUGGUCUGUCCCACAGUCAGCUGACCAGGGCCCCCAGCGCCGGGUCCUCGUUCAACACCCUGUCGUCUCUCAGCACCCUGAGGCCAGGGGAGAUCCCUGACGCCGCAUUCAUCCACGCCGCCAGGAAACGGCGGCAGCUAGCGAGGGAGCUGGGCGGUGACGCCCCUCUGGUGGAGACGCAGGCUCAGCAGAAACGGCUCGGCUCCGACGACCAGGACGCCAGCGACGACGACGAGGACGAGAAGAGGAUCCGCUUCAGCGGCGUCAAGAACAAAACCCAGCGGCAGAAGAUCGCUGAGGAGAUAGGUAUCGAGGGCAGCGACGACGAGGCUCUGGACACGGGGCAGGAUGAAGAAGUGAGCCGCUGGGAGCAGGAGCAGAUCAGGAAAGGAAUCAGCAUUCCCCAGGUCCAGAGCAGCCAGCCGGAGGACACGGCCGUCUACUACCAGAACAGCUACGAGGCUCCGCCCUACGUCUCGUCCUACAACAUGUCCUUCACCUACAGCACCGUGGCCCCGCAGCCCGGCAAGCUGCCCCCCCACGCCGACAACGGCUCCGUUCAUUACGGGGCCCCAGUUUGUGAUCUAACCCCAGUGUCCAAUGAUCUGGUAAAGAAACGCCUACAGGAUAGGCUCGCUCAAAUGCACACGGGCCACAACGCCAACGUGAAGCGCUACAGACAGAUCAAAGACGACCUAGCUGCCUCCGAGAGCAGCAUCCAGCAGCUGGAGGGCUCGUCCAGCGACAAUGCAGAGCAAUACAAAUUCUUGCAAGAGAUGCGAGGGUAUGUUGGAGACUUGCUUGAGUGUUUCAGUGAAAAGGUGCCUGCUGUCCUGGAGCUGGAGGCUGCCAUGCACCAGUUACUAAGGCAACGGGCCGCACGACUUGUCCAAAGAAGACAGGAUGAUAUUAAAGAUGAAUCGUCGGAGUUUGCAAGCCUUUCAAGUAAAGCGGUCAUGGCUCCGAGCCUCGACUCGUUCGGUCGAGACCGAGCGGCGUACCAAGAGAACAGCCGGCAGAGGAGGAUAGCCGAGAGAGAAGCCCGGCGGACGCGGCGGCGACAAGCGCGGGAGCAGAACGGGAAGAGGACCGAGCACAACGAAGGCUUAUCGUCGGACGACGAGGAAACGUCCACCGACGUCACCAGCUUCGACAUGGAGAGAGAUCGCAUCAUCCGUGAGGCUAAGAAGGUGUUUGAGGACGUGCUGGAGGACUUCCACUCCCUGGACUGCAUCAAGCGGCGGUUCGAGGCGUGGCGGCAGGCGUACCCCGACUGCUACCGGGACGCUUACAUUGGCCUGUGUCUGCCCAAGCUGUUCAGCCCGCUGGUGCGGCUGCAGCUCAUCACCUGGAACCCCCUGGAGGGGGGAUGUGCCAACUUUGAGUACAUGCUGUGGUUCGAGUCUCUGCUGUUCUACGGCUUUGAGGAGAACAGUGUCCUGCAGAAGGAGGACGGAGACAUCGGCCUGCUGCCCGCCAUCGUGGAGAAGGUCAUCCUGUCCAAGCUGUCAGUGUUUGCAGAGCAGGUGUGGGAUCCUCUGUCCAGCAGCCAGACCGUCAUGUUCGUGGGUUUCAUCCAGAGACUGGUGAAGGGUUAUCCCACCGUGCUGCACGGAGACAACCAGUUCACGCAGGAGCUGCUGAAGAGCAUCGUGUUGCGGACCAGGCGGACUCUGGACGAAGACAUCUUCCUUCCACUCUACCCAAAAAAUGUGAUGGAGAACAAGAACAGCGGAGCCUACCUGUUCUACCAGCGGCAGUUCUGGUCCUGCGUGAAGCUGCUGGGUAACGUGCUCCAGUGGGAGGGGAUCUUGUCCACUUCCUGUCUGAGGGACCUGGCCCUGGACAGCACCCUGAACAGAUACAUCCUGUCAGCGCUGCAGAUCACCGACGUGGGGGAGGACAACGUGGACAAGUGCCAGAAGGUGCUGGAGUGUCUGCCGCGUCACUGGUUCUCGGGCCUGAAGGGCCAGCAGACGCUGCCCCAGCUGGAGCCGCUCUGCCGAUACCUCACCUUCAUGGCCAACUCGCUGCACCGCGGCGGCGCCGCUACGUCGGACCUGGAGCGACGCACGGCCAAGGAGCAGGUCCGGGACAUCGUGAAGAUGCUCGGCCACAUCAACGCCCUGGACCACAUCAUCGCCCUGGCCGAGGAGCAAGGCAUCAAGGACAUCAAGCAGCUCAUGGAGGUGAAAUCCUAGAGACUGAGAACUCUUCCUCCUCUUUCCUCCUCCGGCGAGGAUUCUUAGGAAAGUGUUGGUUCUGCUUGGACGUUCACCAGCAGUUGGUACUGUGACCUAAACUAGCGGAUAAAAGUGUUGUAAAUACUGUGAAUAAUGUAUAGUUGGGUGUCCUGGCUCCUCCACACCAGAGCAUUUCUGAACUCAGUCCCCGGAUCAUCAGCUUCACUGGACGGACCUUCGGACAGGUUUUAAACGCAUAAUUUAUUUGAAGAAAAAGCAUUUGUAGACAUUUUCUUUUGAUAAAAAUCUCUAAAUUGUGCCCAGAUUCACUCCAGACGUCUCUAUAAUCUACACUUUGGUCACAGAUUUCAUCUUUCCAUACCAAAAGGUUUCAAGGGCCACGUACGAAGUCAAACUAAACGCUUCCUGACUUCUGAUUCGUUUUCACUUUUGCCAGUUUUUAGUUUUAUGUCUUUGUUUUUUGCCUGUGAAUAAAAUAGUCAUUAUAAUGA